GCUUUCCGUGCGUAAUGCGGAGAGGAGUGGCUUUAAUUUGUUGCUGGUCAUAUGAUGUUAUUUAAACAAACAAGAUCUAGCUGGCAAGAAGAAAUCCAUUCCAGUUGGCAGGAGAUCCCAACGCUGGCAGCAGAGCCCCGCCGUUGACAAACACUGCGCAGCUAAUCAUGGCCGACUUAGAGGAUUCUGGGUUUUCUCUCAUGAGCCUGGAGGAUGAGCUGACCUGCAGUAUCUGCCUGAGCCCCUUUGACUGUCCGGUCACCAUCCCCUGCGGACACAACUUCUGCCAGGACUGCCUGCUUUCCUCUUGGACAGACUCCUACAGCUGCCCGCAGUGUCGGACCCCCUUUGAAAACAAGCCGGAACUGAAGAAGAACACGGUCCUCAGCACAGUGGUGGAGACCUUCAGGGUCAGGGCCACUAAAGGAGAAGGUGUUCAGCAUGUAGAUGAGGAGGAGGAGGGUGAUGAUGAUGAUUAUGAGGAGGAUGAGGAUGAUGAUGAGGAGGAGGAGAAUAAUGUAAUCCGCUGUGACACCUGCAUGGAGGCAGAGGCGGCUCAGACCUGUCUCACCUGCAUGGCCUCCUUCUGUGAGGAGCACCUGCGGCCCCACAAAGAAAACCCCACAUUCCGCCUCCACCAGCUGACGGAUCCCAUAGAGGAUCUGUCUAAACACAUCUGCUCUGACCACCACAAGCUGAUGGAGCACUUCUGCUCCAACCAUGGCCGCCUAAUCUGCAGCCUCUGCCUGCAGCAGGUCCACAAAGGCUGUGCUUUCACUUCUCCAGAGGAGCAAAGAAGCCUGAAAGAGUCUGAGUUCAGAGACAAGUUGGGUAUACUGGACUUAAAGAUCGACAAGACUGAUAACAUUGUGCUUCAGAUGAAUGAACUCCAGGGCAAGCUCAAGGAUGCAGCAAACAAGAAAAAGAUGGCGCUGGCUGCCGUAUACCAGCAGAUAAGGGAGAUGUUGGCUCAGGAUGAACGUGUGGCCCAGCAUGAGGUGGAUUGUGAGUUAGAGGCUGGUCAGAACAAACUUGGAGACCUUACCAAGAAGUUCAACGACAACAGUGAGAGGAUGAAGAAAGCCAGAGAGGAGGUCUACAAUCUGCUGAGUCAUGCUCAAACACCAGCCUUUCUUCAGGCAUCUUUUGAGCUGCCCAAGGUGGUUAAGUUUGACCCCCACCCCCCUCGAGUCAACCUGGACUCCAAGAGGGUGAUGGCAACCCAGAGCUUUGCUACUACCCUGCAGGAGAGCCUGACGAUGCUCUUCAAUCAGCCUUUUGAGGCCAGAGGGCCACUGCUUAAACCAGAACUGAACACCGGCUCUGAUGCAUCUGGGAAGGCAGAAGCUUCUCUCCCAAGGGCUGAAAACAGUACAUCCUGGACUGAGUCCCAAUCCUAUCAGCCACCAGAUCAGAGACCUCCACCCAGGUCUCAUAGUCCAGGUUGUCCACCUAUCCAGACAGUCUACCAGCCGGUCCAUAUUCCAUUUUACAUACAGGGAAAGCCACCAUGGAAUCCAAAGCCGGGUCAGUCCACUGGUUUUACCAGGCCUCCGUUCUUUCCUGGACAGAAACCAUACAAGAACGCUGACGGCAGCCACAAGCCCCACCAAAACAAGAAGGCUGACGGCGGCCACCAGCCCCACCACAAGCAAGGCAAACAUCCACCAAGCGCCCAAGGAGGUCAGAAACCUGGUGGGAAGGGACCCGAUUCUGCUAAGAAGGACAAACCGAAAAGCCAUCCACCAUCAGAGAAAUGGGCCGGACACAACCCUCACCCUAGAAAAAAUAAGUAGGAGUCUUCAUCAGCACACCUGGUCUAUACGGAGGGGACUACUAAAACCCCAUGCAUGAAAUUAAUGUUGUAAUUGGUGACAUUUGGGCUUUUUUAAAGGUUUUUGUUUUGGGUUAUUAAACCUAAACUAAUGCAUUAUAAAUAAUCUGUAUUUUCCCCUUUAUUCAGUAAUAUUUAUAGUUUAGCUACCUUUAAAAAUGGGAAAAGCAACUCCUUUGUGAAAGUAAAGAGGAAGGCCAGUGAUUACUAUGUCAAUCAGUCCAAUAAUGGGGAAAAUAGAUGUUCCAAACAUUCCACCUAAUCUAAUUGCCCACCACUUUGCGUUUGUUUGUUUAAUAAUUUUUUUUUUUCUGUGCACAAAGCCAGAGCAAGUGGUGAAAACCCACUAUGGGGAGCUGAAGGGAAAUGAGUCCAAGAUUUGAUAACCUUUUAAUGAUCAUGCUUGUGAAAGUAUAUUAGUUGCUUCAUACAGCAAUACAAUAUUUAUUAAUACAUUCCUACUCUUAUGCAAAAUUUUUAAGUAAGGUUAUAGACUAACUGCCUUAUGUUGAUGACAUGUUGAUACUGUCAUAUGCUGUAAUGUUAACCGCACUUCUUAGUUUGCAUCGAGAGAUAUAUAUAUAUAUAUGUAGAAGUUAAAGCUACAUUAAAUUAAACAAAAAUGAAGCUGGAUAACAAUGAAAAUUAAGCGAUGGCCUUUUAUUAUAAAUACUGGUUAUCUGUGGAUAUUGCACUAAACAAAGUAGCAUAAUGCUCAUUGAGGUUGCACACUUUUAAGGAAACACGAAUGGAGAAAAGGGCUUAUCUAUGUCAUCUGCACAUUUGUAGCUGAUUUAAAAAUCAAGAAAUUCAAAGUUGAAUUUACACUUCAUGAAGUUGGAAUGAUUGAGUUGAUCUCUCAUAAAGGCUUAUAUAACAUUUCAAACAGCAGCCUGCAGAAACGUUACAAAGAGAUUAUGAUUCUGUGUUUGACUCUAAAUCAUUGCUUGGAAAUGAAGUGGUUACUGUAAGCAGGAAGAGUGCCAUAUUUUACCCCAAUGUUAUACAAUAUAUGCAAUUCAUUUAAAUGUGACUUAAAGGAGUCUGUAGCUUGAAACCUCUCUCUUGUAAAAUACAUUUUUAGUGGAAAUGUCUGUGAGAAUGCUUGAUGUUUGGACAGCUUCCUUUACUGGUUAACAAAAUGCUCACGAUUAUUUAGCUGAAGAUUACCCAGAAACAUAAAUCCUGAGGUUAAAGUACUCAACAGCUUUAGUUCAGUAUUUAUUUUUCCUUGAGCCUCGGGUCGGAUUUGGCUCUUUGCAAUUAGACAUAAAUGAUAAAAGGCAGAUUUAAGAGUGUAGAUUCUGUUAACAAUAACCAGGACAAUGCAAACACAAGUCCUGAUGAUGCCCCUGGAUGCUAGCAAAUCAGCUGUUAGACCUGGACAGUCUUUAGCCUGACGACACCCUCUAGAGUAGUUUUUUUUAGUUGGUCUACAAUGUGGAAGUCUGUAGUUCAUUUAGCCUGUGAGGUGAUGGCACGAUGUUAAUCCACUGAUGGUCUAAUGGAGAACAAAGGAGUCAUUUUAAGCUGCUUAGGUUAAAAUGGUAAUAAAAAAAAUAACACCGCCUGUUACAUGCCUUUUGAUUUAUUAAAGAAUAACUGCUUAUAGCUUGUUUUCCCGAAGACCCAGAACAGAAAACACAGACACAGCUUGUUUGUAUGAAAAUAUUUAUGGGAAUGUCUUCAUUCAAAACAUUCUCUUUACAUUCAUUUCAAUUAAACUUGGACCAUGUCAGAUUAUGUAAACACUUUUUUUUAAAUGAUUGUUUGAAAUAAAGGCUUGUUUCCCCCCUUGA